AAAAAGUCAUAGACCGGAAGAGGCGGCGCCGCCAAGAUGGAAACGGAGGCACCGCCGGCAGGGAGGCAGCCGAAGGAGUCAGUGGAACUGACGCUCCGGAUGUCCCACACCCUGACGCUCCCCAUGGCGCUCUGCGACCCCGGCGCCGACUCCGCCGCCCUCGUCGGCGACCUCUCCUCCGCCGCCCCUGGGCCCGCGUCCAACGCUAUUGCGGGGCCGACCCCAGCCACCGUACCUCUGUUCCCCUCCGGCCUUCGCCAACCCUAAGGUCCGUGCCCCCGUUCUUCCUCAAUGAGACCGCUUAUCAGUUAUAGUUGGUCUCGACAUUCGUGAUGUAUGGGUAGGCCUCGUGAGUCCAUUUCCUUCCGUUCGGUAAUUUUUGAUUGGCUGCUGUAUAUGUGUACAUGGUGUUUGUGUCAACUCUGUUACAUUAUACACAUUGGUUGGAUUCACUGAAAAUAUACAGAGAUGAAUUGAUUGUAAGAUAUAGAACAAUAUCUGUACACUUGGGCUGCCUAUGGAUAAUUCUGAAUUCGACAGUUUCACUGGAAUA